AUGGAAACUGGGGACGGUGUCAGUUUAAUGGUUAUGUACGAGGACGAGUCGGUGGAGGUUCGGUACAGAAACGGAACACAGUUCCAGCUGGCACCGUGUGGCUCUGAAUUUAUGCUGGUAAAACCCGCGGACUCCCACGGACAUCCACUGCAGCCCACCGAGCGAGUCCGUCAGAGGACCAGGUUCACCAUCAGCAAAUACAAGGAGAUGAUGGUUGGUGCUUUGAUAUUCAGGAAUAAGUAUGCCAGCCGACCAUAUCUGCCAGAAGAACUCAUCCCUGCUGACCACAAGAAGCCCUUUUUCAGCCUUGAACUGGAUGUUACUUGGCCUGAGUUUUCAUCCUCUGAGGCUGAGCCCGGACCUGGAGGCAACAUCACUGUCCGGUCAGAGGAGGGACGGGCCUUGUUGAACCUGUCGCCCUCUGGGGAAGAAUUCUCUGUAGAAUUCACAUGUAGCUUAAGUCAGCCUCCAAACCAGCAACAAAAUAUUCAGAGUUUACACAAGGAUGCUCAGGAAAAGCCUGAACAGAGGUACCAGUCCACCACAGUGGUUCAGUGUCACUCCUGCGGUGCAGUCGCCCCCAUGUGGAGCUACCCUCUGUCCUUGGUUCGACAUCAAUGGACGUCUCAUUUCUCUAAAUGCAAAGAUGCAGAAGGAACCAGUAGUUCUGACCAGGCAGAUAAGAAAAGGAUCAUAUCUGACUUAUCUCAUAAGGAAAGAAAGGCCCGACUUCCUCAGGCUCUGCCUCUCACAUGUUCCUCACCUCACUGGCACAGGUGGAAGUUUAAAGACCCUCUGGCCAAAGAAGAGGAAUCAGACCUUCCAACAGGACUUGUAAAAAUAUUGUGGUGUCAAGGAGUCAUCUACAGAGUACUGAGUGGAGCGGUCCCAGUCAUAGAGAUUUUCCCAGGAGAUGAGUCCGUUAUCCGCUCUAACGGGGUCCUGAACUCUUAUUUUACUCAUCGCAAACCUAGACUCCAGGAACAAGAGGUAAAGGACUUAACUUACCAUUUAAACAGUCUUCCUCCUGAUGUCCCUGGACAGGUGUACUCUUUGCGCUCUAUUGUGAAUCGUGCAAGUAGAAUCCUUAGUUGCUACAAUCAGGCCACGCUGUCGCUGAAGCAUCCUGCGACACCAAGCUGCGUGCAAGAGGACAAACACUGUUCUAAUCCAGCAGUGCUUGAACAAAGCCCACCGAGUGCUGUGCUUAUAGAGCAACACAUGAAUAUACCACAGGCAGCAGAUCGUCACUCUGAUUUUGUUGCUGCAGAACUGGAGAAGAUAAAGAGAUUCAACUUUCUGCUGGAAAACAGCCACCUGCUGAGAACAGAGAGCAAGCAGCGAAACUCAAAAGAAAGUUCUGCUGAGAUCACCCCCGAGCCUGUAAAUGAGGACCACGUCACUGAAGCUCUUCAGAGGACCUCUAAAGCCAUUCAGGACAUUGAUGCUCUCAUAUCUGCUGCAACACUAAUAUGA